UUCGAGAAUACGCCAAUGGCGACCUUAGCUUUAUACUCUACAAGGUAAUUUUUUUUUACAAAAGAUUACAAAGAGCAGAUCACCACAAACCGGCAAUCCACUCCGCAACCAUCUACCCAACUACUCACAAUAUCGUUGCAAUCCCGUCCGCCCACGGUCAAAGUUCCUCAGAUAUGAGUUCGACCGUGCCCACACAUUGCGUAUGGUGCCUGUGCCAAAAACACAUCCGUUCCUUUUCUUCCAUAGAGUCCAGCAAAUGAGCAUGACAAAAGAGCCGAAUCCCUUCCGUUCCAACUUGUGAAUUUGCUUGCGCCGAUUUGUCCACCAAUCUUGCAGCCUGCUCUGAGGCGAUGGAAGUAUAACCUGGUCUAUGCCCACCUUCAAGAAGCAGAGGUACCACACAUGCCUUGCAAAAACACAUUGCAACAGCAAAUGGUCGACCGUGUCCUCUUCCUGAUCACGGAAGUAACAAGGUGAGGCCUCGUCCUGCAGCCCGUCCAUAAUCUGUAUUGCACCGCCAGCCACAAGAAAAUCUUGCAAGAUAACGCUGCCCAGCUCUUCCAUAUCGCCGUUGAGGCCUGAAACCUGAUCCCGCCCUCACAAAGCAUCUUAUAUGCAGAUGCUGCCGGAUAGAUGUAACUUUAACUUUUAACUGGCUAUUCGUAUGCCUAAUAUCAGGGGUGGUCUACGGAUCUGAAUGUAAUUUUUAUUAUUUCUGGUUACGUGUACUGUCAUGAUUGAAGAUGAAUAUAAGAAAAAAAUUAUGUAAAAAAAGAGUUCACGUUGUACCACGAUCAACAGUUUUUUCAGCAGCGGCGGUGGCUUCUCCAGCAGGCGUUCCCCCGGCGGAGCCCAAUCGGAAUCCGGGCCAUCUUCUCCCCCAUCGUCAAUCCGGUAAAUUUGCAGGCCAGCAUCACGCUCCAGCCACUGUUUCUCGCAGAUUCACCUAGGUAAAAACGAACACACAUCUACCCUACCCUACCCUACCCCCAUCAGAAGGCUGAGGCUCAAGCGUUCUUCCUUUCCCACACGUACCCAGACUUUCUCCUUGCCCCUGAUGCGCCAUGGUAGGUCACACGGACGACGGGCAGCACCAACUGUCAAGCGUACACACCGGCCCCGACGACCCUUUUCCGCCCCUGCAAGAGGCCCUCUUUUCAGAUCCGUGCCGUGCCGUGCCGUUCCUGGUACUCCCUGAUUGGACUCCCUACUUGCUACUCUAGCCAUUAGAGCAUCUCCAACAGGCACGGCAAAACGCGCGCCCGCGCGGUAAAGUUUGGUUUUAGCGCGCGCCGGCUGGUUCCGCGCGCUCCAGCGGUGAAGGAAACUUACCGCGCGCGGGAAGCGUUUGCGCGCGCGCGGGAGAAAGCGGCACGCGGCGCGGUAGAUUUGGCGCGCCGCUUCGCGCGCGCCUAUAAAAUCCCGCGCUCGCCACGCGCACAGAACAUAGCCACGCGUCCUCCCCUCGCCACCAUGCCGCCGCGCCGCCGGGGUUCUUCGGGCUACCGCAGCGUCCGCGAGCGCCCCAACGGCUGGUACUCCGCCGAGAUCCGGUCCGGCGACGUCCGGCUCGGCCUCGGGUCGUUCCGGAGCGCGCAUGAGGCGGCCCGCGCGUACGACGCGGCGGCGUGGCGCUUGGAUAGGCCCCGGUCGCAGAUGAACUUCCGAGACGUCUUCACGCGCGAGCAGGCGCAGCGCGUCGCCCCUCCGCCGCGUCUCAUCACCGACAUGGACUGUGCCGACCACGCUCAGCGGCAGCGCCGCCUCCUCAUCGCCGAGGAGGACGAGCGAGCCAUGGCGGAGUGGCGCCGUCGCCACCCGGAGGACGUCGCCGACGAGCGUGCCUACUGGGCGGAGAGGACGGCAAGGCGCCGCGCGGAGCGGGUGGACCGGCGUCGGCGGAAGGCAUUGGCGAAUGCGCAGUCCGAUAUCGUUGCAGCAGGUGGGAGGUCGAUCUUCACGUCAGACGAUGAACGUUGGGACGACAUGUGGCUCGAUACCUCGGACAACACCGAGGAGGAGGAUGAUGAUGAUGAUGGUAGCGACUUGGAGUAGUUUCUAUCUAUGUAUGCCGUAGUAGUUUCUAUCUAGUUGCACCGUAGUUCUAUCUAUCUAGUUGCACCGUAGUUCUAUCUAUCUAUGCUUUCUAUCUAUCUAGUUGCACCGAU